AUUUGGUAAUUUGCAUAUGAAAUGAAUUGAUUGUCGGUGCUCUUGCACCUGUUGUUUGGUGUUCCGCACUUUACGAAAAAACUUGAUUUUUUUGUUGUUUUAGUUUUGAAAAACAAGUUCCCUUUUUCAUGUGAUGAAGGACAAGUAAUAAUUUUUCCAAAAGAGAAGCAUUUCAAGUAGAAGAAACAUGCUUCUCUACGUGGAAAGCAGCGCAUUUCCGAUCCACUCGUUCAUCUUGCAAUGUAAUGCCGCCGACACCUUGGCCCGUAUUCGGGCCCAUCUGUUGCACAUCCUGUAUCAGAUGGGCCAUGAGGAUCACCAGUUCCGCAUGCGAUACAAGGGCCAGUACCUGCGGGAUGCCUACACCCUGGAGGACUACCGCAUCGGGGACCAUUGCGUGCUCAAGAUGGUACCCAUGGCCAAGAAAAAUGAGUCUUUCACAGAUGUGCGAGCAGAGAGGGCCAAGCUGGGAGCCGGACAGACCACUGAGGUCAAGCUAGCCCUUAUCCACGAGGUCGCGAUGCUGAAAUGGAGGGAACGCAUGGUUGCCGGAUUCAGUGGUAUCCUGUCAUUGAAUCGCGUCUUCACCCUCUUCGCUGCCUUGAUGUUUAUGUGGUACUUCCUGUCCCCCUACCAGCCCUGGCAGUAUAGCUCAUUCCUACCCUGGGCCAUGCUGAUCUACUGCAUCGGCGUUGGUCUGAUCACGCUGUAUACGUCUGAGAAGUGUCCCUCCUACACGCACAAGUCAGGGUUUACAGGACCAUCAAGUCUGUGGCCACAAUUCUUCAUGGUGACGUUUCUGAUUUUGACGGUGAUGAACUGGGGAGUGGCAGUCUUUCUGAUGAUCAGGUUUAUCCUGUCCAUUCUAGACUAUUCCUGCCCGUCAGACGAGAGCAAUGAUUCCUGCACCGUCCGCGGCUUCUGGUCCUACUUCCUGGCCAUCUACUUCACCUUGCACGCCGUCUACCUCUUUGUCAUCUGGUCCAUGGGCGUGUCCCUGCUGCGCAACUUCCGCUUCAGGGUCGGGGAUUUCUUGGAAGAGCAUCUGGUGGUGACUAGGGACGUGGAGAAGGUGAUUGAGACCGCUCGCAAUGGGAGGGUGAAGGAGAGGCGACAGGCAGCGUUUGAGUUGGCCACUCUAGCCACCACAGGGGACGACAGCAAGUUCAGGAUCGUUGCUGAGGGAGGGUUGGAGGUCUUGAUCUCUCUAGGGCUAUCCACAGACGAGGCAACCCAGGAGUAUGCCACAGAGGCCAUGGCCGAGCUGCUUACUGUUCCAGCUAUCCAGGACACCUUUGUGGAGCUGGGCGGAGUCACCACCCUGACCACCCUCCUCCACUCCCACAACUCGCGUCUGGUCCAGGAGGCCGUCACGGCCAUCUCGUAUAUCGUGGCCGACUCGGAUGACAACAAGCACGCCGUCGUCGCUGAGCGGGGCCUGGAGGACUUGGCCCACGCAGUCCAGGGUGGGACGGACGCCACCAAGCGCAACGUGGCGGGAAUAUACUUAGAUCUGGCCUUCAGUCCCGGGGUCAGGGCACAGAUGGCCGCUAGAAACUCACCAACUGCAGCUUUGGUGUCGCUGUGCACCGGCCAGGACAGUGAGACACUCAGGCUGGCCCUGCAGGCUCUGGAACUGGUAGCCAUCGAGAACGCAGAUGUCAUCCUGUACCAGGAGGAGCUUCUCAAUCAUCUUCUGAACAUUCCUCGCAAGUCCUCGGAUGCAGGCAUCUACCUGCUGGCUGGCAAGAUCCUGCUGUACUUUGCCGAGAGUCCUGAGGCCUGCGAGAAAAUGCUGGCGGCUUCCAACCUGAAGAGUGCCUUGCACCAGUUUGCCAAGACGGGAGAUUCCAUUCUGCAGAAGGUGGUUGCCAAGGUGAUUCUCUGCACCUUGGACCAGAGGCAGACUGCUGCCAGAGCCAAGGAGCUGAACCUGAAGGAAGUCCUGCUGUACAUCCGAGGCCACGCCGCGGACCGCGAGGCCUGGAACAUGGCCGACGCGGGCAUCUCGUCCAUCGAAGCCGCCCUCUUCAGCAGCUUUGCUCCUGGACCAGACAGCGACCUAGGAUCCCUGUUAUCCAUCAAGAAACCCUUGUCUCCGUUUGAGAGGAGGGAUGAGGAUAAAGGAGGCGAAGGGUCGGGUGGAUCUGCGGAUGGCAUGUCAGAGGCUGGACCGAGCUCCAGCUCCGGGCCGGGUCAACAGAGCGCCGGCAGCAGCCGUGGGUCACAGCAGUCGGUGAGGGCUGCCAAGGAGAGACCUGCAUCAGCUGCUUCUUCUAAGUCAUCUAGUUCAUCAUCUUCAUCAUCUUCAUCGUCAUCAUCAUCAUCAUCAUCAUCGUCCAACAAGAGUGAAAAGUCCAAGAAAAAGAAGUAGUGCAACUCAGCAAUAUGAUCAGGGCUGGGACUUCAUAGCAAACUGACAAUGCCGUGUUCCCCAGUUCCAUUUUUUUUGGUUUUAUUGUCAAAACUUUCUUUACAGAUACAAACGCAACAUUUCUGAAAGAGAAAAACAUGCUGCUGAAUAAAAUGGGGAAAAAAAGAGAACAAGCGAAGGUCUUCGCGUCAAAAGAACACUUGAAUAAUGAUUCGAAUUGUCAACGGAGGUUGCUGUUUUACAUUUUUAAGUUGACUAUCUUAGGUAAAGUGUACCUUACACUAUGCAGGGCACGCACUGAGAUACAUCUUUUCUACUCCUUAUUGUUGUGUUUGUUAUUAAUCAGUUCAGGCCGGGAAUAUUUUGACAAGAACGGAACGAGACGCGAGAUUACUUUUCACUUGACCUCAAUGCCAGGUUGAAGCCAUCACCCUCGGGCAGCACACUAAUAUUUCCAGCCUCGCUCGCUGCGAGCGGGUCACAGAUAUUUCCGGCCUUGCUCGUUGCGUGUUUAUCCAUCAUCCGUUCCGAAUACCGCAAAACCUCUCCGUGUAUACAAGUCAUCCGGUCCGAACUGGUUGUUGGGUUUUUAAAAAAUGACGUAAUAAGUGAUUUUUUUUUAAUCAGAGGAAGUUUGUAGGGUGAAUUGAUUGUGAUUUACAAGUUUUGAAGUUCAAGCUUUAUUUUGUACAUAUCUGGGUUCAUGGUGGAUUGCAUGGCCAAUUAGUACUUGGAAGUUUCUGAUUUGAUAAGAAUGAUGUUUUAAAUAGAACCUUUAUUAAAAAAAAAAUCUAUUUUGUAUAGUUUUACAUGUAGAUAGAUAUUUUUGCUACGAAUGAAUCAUAUUUGUAAAUUUUGCAGAAAAUUUGAAAUAGCAGAUUUGCUACAUAAAAUGAAAUCGAAGUUGACCAGUAAUUCCGUCCAGUUUGUAUUCUGCGCAUUUCAGUGUAGAUAGUGUUACAUGUAAUAUGUAUAAAUAUUGGGGAUUUUUUUUCAAGGAGAAAAAUAUAACUGGACAUAAACCA